UAAAACCAGCUACGUGUCGUUACCAGAGAUGGUCCGCCGUAGCUUGAUGGCGCUGCUGAAGAUGUGCGGUGGUCAUUCCUGUUCCGGGGGAGAAAUAUCAGCCGAAGAUGGCGGAGACGAUGGAGACCGUGGCAUCUUCUUCAGUCUCCAAGAACUUGAAGUUGCGACUGAUUUCUUCUCCGAGAAGAACCUGCUCGGAACCGGCGGAUUUGGCCCUGUCUACAAGGGAUCGAUGCCGAAUGGUGAAGAAAUAGCAGUGAAGAAGCUAUCAGUGGAUUCGAGACAAGGGUCUAGAGAAUUCACGAACGAGAUAGUUAGCGGAAGAAAGAACCAAAAUCCUCGUCUUGGACCAGAAAUGGCUGAUCUCUUGAGCUAUGCGUGGAAAAUGUACCAAGAAGGAAAAAUUCUGGAAUUGAUGGAUCAAUCUCUAGCAGGAGUAUACAAUCGCGACGAAGCAGCCACAUGUUUCAUCAUAGGAUUACUGUGUUGCCAGCAGAUCACAUCCAACAGACCGGAUAUAAACAUGGUUCAUCAAAUGUUGUCGAGCGAUUCAUUUGAUUUGCCUAAACCGGGUCGGCCUGGACUCCAAGGUCGUAGAGGAGGCGGCUAUACAAGUACCGGGGCCGGUACAGGAGCCGGUUCAAGAACUUUUGGAUUAAACGGAAGCGAACCAAACAGUUUUAAGAGUAGAAGAAGUAGUGGAGGAGGAGCGGCUGGACAGGAUAGCAUCGUUGAGGAGUACUCGAGGAACUCCAUUUCCAUGUCUUCCUUCGGCGAAGGAAGAUGAUCAAAACAUGUAUAUUCACCCAUAUUUACGUGUAUAUAUAGAGAGACAAAGAAGAGGACCUUUUAUAUUAUAUGUUUAUGGUUUAUGGAUCGCUAAGAUCUUAAUAUAUUCUGAUAUGAAUU